UCGUUUGCGUAGGACGAGAUACACGCGGUACGGUAGACGCGACGGAUUGGGAUUCCGGUGUGGAGAGCAGUGAUGCAGUGAUGGGUGUUCUCUAGAUGAUAGUGCCUUCGAGUAGUAAAGCACGCCCUGUGCAAUCCAUUUGUGUGUCAUAAAAUUAAACCGCAAUUAAGCGAUAAGCUGCUGCAAAUAAAUAAGUGAAUGCUAUAGCGAGAUAGCUGUACGCCGUUUCCGAGUUUGUUCCGAGCAUAGUUCGCUAAAAAAGUGCUCCUUUUUUUUACACUUCACGGCGAGGAUACCGAAAAUAGCUGCGAAAGAAAAAUGUUUGCUUGUCGCUGAGCGGGAAAGUGGAAAAUGUGUCUGAAACAAAAAUAAAAUUAAAUAGCGCAAAAUGUUAAAGUAGAAAAGUUACAAAAAGUCUACGCAAAAUAGAGCAAAAAUAGAAGUGAAAAAUUGGCAAGAGCAAGUGUUUGCAAAAAGCGAGCGGAAAUCGUAAAUGAGUUAAAAAGUAGAAAUAAUACAAAAAGUACUCGAAUCUGUGCAGUGAAAAUAAGGAGAUUAUGAAUGAAAAUAGGCUCUACAGCCGAUGAGCAAAAAUUAAAUAAUUAACAAGAGGUCCAAGUUCAAAGUCAUUCGGUAUAAAAUGUGUUUCUAGAGCUGUCUUCUUACCCAAAUCAGCAUGCAAAUGAGAAAAUUGGUCAUAUGGCCUUUGGGCCUGUUCCUCGUCCUUUUGGCCAUCGACUGCCAGGCCAAGAGGCAACGAAAGCGGCUCCCUGGUGUAUCAGCCGCCAAAGAGCUUAGCGACUACAGUGUCCAGCUGAACGACAGCUCCUUGGAGUUCCACCAGAGCAUCGUGUCCUGGACAGGAGUCCAACUCCCAUCUGGCGAAAAGAAAAAGAAGAGGCCACAACAAUCAUCGCGACGCCACAAAACCAAAAGUGGCCUCCUCAUAGAAAGUAACAUUGCCGAGGAGGAGUCACCGCUGCCCAAUUCCUCUUCGGAGUCCGUCACCAGGAAGAAAUCACCUCACCGACGUCGCAACGGAAAAUUGCAGAAAUCACCAGGAGGCGGAGGAGUUGGAGAAGCUGGUAGCAAGUCGAAUGCCAAUGCCGUUCGAUUGCUCAACAGACAGCAAUCGGAUGAAUAUUCCGUCGCCGGAGCCUACAGUGGCCUCUAUCCGCCGCUCUUCAAUGUGGCACCCCGGGCGGCGAUCACCGUGAAUGCCACAUGCGGCCAGAACGGGGCCGAGGAGUACUGCAAGCUGGUGGACGCCUAUCCCCACCGCAACUGGGCCAAGCAGUGCGGGACCUGUAAUGCCCAUUCCUCGGACCGGGCCAAGCAGCGUCCGAUCCAGUCGCUCAUCUCUUCAGGACCCGAAGAGAGCUGGUGGCAAUCCCCGACGCUGCAGGGUGGCCGCCAGUUCGAGUACGUGACCAUCACUCUGGACCUAAAGCAGACCUUUCAAAUCUUCUUUGUGAUGCUUAAGUCGGCCAAUUCUCCUCGUCCCGCCUCCUGGAUUCUCGAAAAGUCCCUGGACGGCAUUACCUUUGAGCCCUGGCAAUACUUUGGCCUAAACGAUGCCGACUGCCAGCGGCGCUGGAACCUCCCGGGCCAGAACGGAAAGUACGUGUUCCAGAACGACACGGAGGUGAUCUGCUCCACCCAGUUCUCCAAGCCGCUGCCUUUGGAAAACGGGGAGCUGCAUGUGUCGCUGCUGAAGAACAGGCCUGGAGCCAAGGAUCAGACCCCGGAGCUAAUGGAGUUCAUCACGACACGCUACAUGAGGAUCCGGCUGCAGGGCAUGCACUCCACGGCCAACCUGGACAACAGUGUGGACUGGCUCCUGGACGCCGCGUCCCUGGAGAAGCGCAGCUUCUAUUCUUUGAAGCAGCUGAGGGUGAGUGCCCGGCUGGACUGCAACGGACAUGCGAACCGCACCCAGGAGGCGCAGCGGCUGCAGUGCCUCUGCCAGCACAAUGCCUGCGGCGAACAGUGCCAGGAGUGCUGUCCCCUCUUUCAGGAUCGCCCCCACCGCAUGGGGGAGGAGUGCGAGGUAUGUCAGUGCAAUGGUCAUGCCGAGAGCUGCACCUACGACCCGUUUCUGGACAAGGGAAUCUGUCAGGAUUGCUCCAACCACACGGCCGGCAAUGAGUGCGAGUUCUGUGAGGCAGGAUUCUUCAGAGAGUUGGGGGCCCCUCCCACGGAGCCAUGCCUGCCGUGCUCCUGCAACCCGGCUCGUUCCACGGGCAGCUGCCAGCCGGCGGGAGGAAACUGCAACUGCCUCGAGGGCUUCCAGGGACGGAACUGUGAAGAGUGUGCUCCGGGCUUCUAUGGCGACAAUUGCAAGCGGUGUGAGUGCGACGAAAGGGGAACUCUACCGUCGGAUGGAUCCUGCUCCGGCGACUGCAAGUGCAAGCUGAAUGUGGAGGGCAGCACGUGCUCCGAAUGUGCAUCAGGCUACUUUGACCUUUCCAAAGACAACCUCCUGGGGUGCACGAGCUGCUGGUGCUCUGGCGUCUCCCAAACCUGUCACAGUGCCAGGCUCCAGACACUGGCCUUCGAAACCCUGACCGACUGGAAGCUCACGGACAUCCAGCGACUAAAUGCGAUCUCAGUGGCCGUGGAUGCGGAUCAGAAGAGACUGAUCUACGCCAGUGAACUGGACGAUGUGGAGGCCAUCUACUGGCAGGCCCCGGUGGGCUAUCUGGGCAACCGCCUGACCAGCUACGGUGCCAGGCUUCAGUUGCUCCUUUCCUGGGGAGUGAUGAGGGGCGACACCUCCGGCAAGCCCACCACAGGCCCUAAUGUAAUCCUCUGCGGGCGGAAUGGUCUUAAGGUUGCCUAUGCGGACGAGUCCUUUGCGGGCCUACAUACGGCCUUAAAUGUGACCCUCACCGAGGAGGGCUGGUACCAUGUGCCGCCAUCUAUUAAGGACAUCAAGACCCGACUCCGGCGUACCGAGGGAGGCGACUACCACGGUGAACCAGUCACACGUUCGCAGUUCCUCUCCGUCCUAGUCUCCCUUGAGGCUGUCCUGAUCAGAGCUGCUUUCCACACCGACCAGGUGGAGACCUCGCUGGAGCAGGCCGUCAUCUAUUCCGGAGGGGUGGAACUGGGUGGCCAGUCCUCCAGCAGCCAUGUGGAGCAGUGCGUCUGUCCCGCCGGUUACACGGGACUUUCAUGUGAGGGUUGCGCCUUCGGCUACAAGCGCAUCUACGAGAACUCCUCGGACCACCAGCUCCUGAGCAAGUGCAUCCCCUGUCCAUGCAACGGGCACUCCAACUCGUGCGAUCUGCAGAGCGGAAACUGUGGCGACUGCAUGCACAACACCUUCGGAGAUCGUUGCGAACGUUGCCAGCUUGGCUACUACGGAAAUCCGUUGCAAGGCACCCCCCAGGACUGCAAGAGGUGCGCCUGCCCCUUGGCGGAGGAGUCGAACAAUUUCUCGCCGAGCUGCCAGCUGAAGAGUUACAACUACCGGGACUUGAAUCCCCAGUUCGAGCUGAUCGAGCACGCGGAGUAUAUCUGCACCCAGUGCCCGGAGGGCUAUACGGGUGACCACUGCCAGGUGUGCGACGACGGCUACUACGGAGACCCGCUACAGCUGGGGAGCAGCUGUCAGAGGUGCGACUGCGCCGGCGGACCUUGCAACGUGACCACCGGCGAGUGCAUCACCUGCCGCGGCAACACCGAGGGCUGGCACUGCGAGCGCUGCAAGAUGGGCUACUGGGGUGACCCGGCCGUGGGCUGUGAUCAGUGCAGCUGCCAUCCCGAAGGAUCCGAAAGCGGGCUCUGCGACAGCACCGACGGUCAGUGUCUGUGCCGACCGCGGUACGCGGGUCAGAAGUGCGAUGAGUGCGACGUGGGAUUCGCCCUGGUGGAGCUGCGAUGCCCCGCCUGCAACUGCGACCCCCUGGGCUCGGCCGUCCUGGACAGGUGUGAUCCUCGGACGGGACAGUGCCAGUGUAAGGUGGGCGUGAUGGGGGCCAAGUGCCACGAGUGCCAGGACGGCUAUUUCGGCAUGAAUGCCAGUGCCGAUCGUCUGGAAGAUAUGGCUGCCUUGAGGCAAAUCAGCGACGACGACGAUGAUGAUUGGGAAUUGGUAUCGGGAUCGGAAGACUCCCCCGUGGAUCCAGCCACGGUGGCAUGCGAGGAAUGCCACUGCAGCAACGUGGGAUCCCUGUCCUCUGACUGCGAUAAGCGCACCGGUCAAUGCUCCUGUCUGGCGAAUGUCACAGGAAGGAGGUGCGACAAAUGUCGGCCAGGACAUUGGAACCUCACCGAGGGUAUGGGCUGUCGGGACUGUCGCUGCGAUCCGCAUGGAUCUCGAGGCAACGAAUGCAAUCCGUGGACGGGUCAGUGCGACUGCAAGAUCGGAGUUGGAGGUCAGCACUGCAACGAGUGCACCGAAGGCUUCUUUGGCUUCAGCACGGAAGGCUGUCAGCGCUGCUCCGCUUGCACCGCGGAGGGUCAAGUGUGCGACCCGCACAAUGGCCGUUGCAUCUGCCCCAAGUUUACAAGGGGACUGGGCUGCAGCCAGUGUGUCCCGGGCACCUGGGGCUGGCAAGCGCGUCUGGGCUGCCGGGAGUGCGAGUGCGACCACGUAGGAUCCAUUGGACAGUACUGCCGCACUGGAGAUGGGCAGUGCCAGUGUCGAGAGGGCUAUGCUGGCCGGAAUUGCAACUCCUGUGCCGUGGGCUACUUCGGGUAUCCGGAGUGCCGCCGCUGCGGCUGUGAUCCUGAUGGUUCUUUUACCCAGCCGGAUGGAUCGAUUGCUUGCGACUCGAAUGGCCAGUGCCCCUGCAAGUCCCUGGUAGUGGGACUCAAGUGUGACACCUGCAUGCAGAGCACCUUUGGCUUGUCCGCCUUUAAUCCAGAGGGCUGCACCCGCUGCUUCUGCUUCGGUCGGUCAGGGGAGUGUGAGCAGAGCAACCUUUCCUGGGGUCACAUUCGCAUGUCGGAGUCCCGGAACCUCAGCAUCCAGCAGAUACGGCCCCAACACGUGCCCACCGGGGACUACGAGUACAUCGUGGUCGUUCAGAUGGAGGGCAGCAGCUUCUACCGGGAGGAUGCAGAGAUCCAGCGCAUGAACGACCUGAGCCUGGUGCCCAAGUCGACGGGAAAUGUCUCCAUCGGAGCCUAUGGCCAGUUCUACCACCCACUGUACUUCCAGUUGCCACCCCAGUUCUACGGGGAUCGCAUUAGCAGCUACGGUGGCUACUUGUACUUUACCCUCAUCACAGAGGGUGCCCAUAAGCCCUUGGAGAGGAAGAUCCUGGCCCAGUAUCCUCUGGUGCAACUGCACGCCCACUCCAAGCUGCUUCUUGAUUUUUACGAGUACGAGGAGUUCGAGUACUCGUUGAAUGUGACCCACAGGGUGCCGCUACACGAGUCCUUCUGGAAGUAUCAUCACAACAACCAGGCCGUGGAUCGAGGCACUCUGAUGGCCGCUCUCCAGAACAUCCGCCAUAUCUUUAUACGUGCUUUUGCAUUUGCCGAUUUCCAGGAAGUAGUACUUCAAAAUGUGCACAUGGAUUCGGCCAUUUACGUUCAAGGGUCCACCAAUCUUAUUGCCAAAGGCGUGGAGCGCUGUAGGUGUCCCAAACGAUUUGAUGGCUUGUCCUGCCAGGAUCCGGGAAGAUCCUUCUAUCGCUGGCGCAACACUACCAUUGUUGAGAGUGUGUUCAUCGAGGAUCUGAUUGGGAGAGCUGCUCCCUGCCACUGUAAUGGCCGUAGCAGCGAUUGUGAUAAAGAAACAGGAGUGUGUCUGAACUGUCGCAGCAAUAGUGGCGGGGAUCACUGCCAGCAGUGUGCCGAGGGCUUCUUCGGGGAUCCCAAUUCGCCGCACGGCUGCCAGGCUUGUCCUUGUCCGGAGACCAAUCGCAACUUUGCCCGUGGCUGUAAUGUCUGGGACGGAGAAGUGAGCUGCGUCUGCAAGCCAGGGUAUACUGGGCGACUGUGUGAGCGCUGCCAGAGGGGCUACUUCGGAGAUCCCAUGCGGUAUCCCAACAGCACUUGCCAGGCCUGCAACUGCCAUCCGGACGGAAUACGAGCGGAGGGCUGUGAUCUGGAAACCGGACGAUGCUACUGCCGUGAGGGCGUCACUGGGCUCAAGUGCGACAAGUGCCAGGCAGAACGUCAUCAUCUUGUGGAUAAUGGAUGUCGAAUUUGUGACAAUUGCACCCUCUUGCUUCUGGACUAUGUCGAGUUGAUCGGCCACAAACUGCGACGGGGAAUGCACAACAUGGAUCUGACUGGCAUCCCGGCUCCGUAUCUCAAGUUGUCCGAGUACGAAAGGGCACACGAUGUAUGGAGCGCACGGCAACAAGAUUUCAACCAGGCACGCCGACUCCUACAUGAAUAUGACACUCCUGGUCUCAUCAAACUUGAUGCCCAUGCUGAGAACCUAAAGUUCCAAUCCCGAAAAGCUGUGAGUACGAUCGGAAAACGGUCGUUUGCCAUCAAGUCGAUGUGGGAUGAUGCCUUGACGCAGCAGCGGAAUGCGAAACAAGUUCAUUCGGAGAUUCUGAUAACUCUUGCCGACCUGCACGGUUAUGGGAAGACUGCUCAGCAUCUGAGCCUGCCGACGGCUCUGAAGCAGGCCCGUUUCUACCAGCAGGCCAUCCAGGAGCACGACCAACUGGUGCAAGGCAUCCGCAACACAAACGACUGUGCCUGGCGUCAUUUCUACGGCAUGGGCAACGCCUCCGACGCAGCCUACGACCAGAGGGCCCAUUUGGAGGUGCUCUGGCGGGAUCUAAACCAGACGAACCAUCGCGUGACGGACAUGCAGCUCCAACUGGAUCGCAUUCUGGAAGUGGAAAGCGAAACGGAGGACAUUCAAGAGCAUGUGCGCAACAUUGGACUUCGGGUCACCGAGUCUCACCAGGACAUCAGGGACUUGAAUCUGCAAAUCGCCAAGCAUCUCGACCCAGACUACCUGGAACGAGGCGAGGGCAUGGUGCGGCUGACCCUCCAAAGGCAGCUGGUGCUCAACGAGCAUCUGAACCGACUGGAUGGAUCGGCGGUCCUGUUAAACGCCACAUUGGGUGUCAAGCUGGAGCAGCAGCGCGAGGUUCGCAAGCACUGGCUGCCCAAGGCUGAAAAGCAUGCUCAGCAUCUGCAGGAUCGGUCGAACGAGUACGCCCGCCAGUUUCAGUCCACCAGGAAUGGAGCUCGCAUCGCCAUGCUGGCCAGCUCGGCCCACAGCAACAUAACCAAGGCCAUAAACGACGCCCGCCAGGCCUCCCACCUGGCCAAGGAACGGGUGUACGAGGCCCAGAGAACCCUCUACCCCAGCGACGGCGGUUCCAUGAUUGAUCGGGCCAAGCAUUCGCUCUACAGGUCUAAGCAGCUGCAGCAGGAGGCCCUGAAGCAGAUGCACAAGUCAAAUGUCCUCAAGGACAAGCUGCACCGUCAGGAGCAGCGGGUGGAGGGAAUCAAAGCCACCAUAUUCGACGCAGGACGACGAACCAACGUCAUCUCCGGACAGUUGCAGGGACUUGCCGAGAGCUCUGCCCGUCGGCAGGCUAAGGAGAGCCUGGAUUCGGCGGAGCGGACGGGCAAGCAAAUGCGGGCUGAUCUCCAAAUGGCCAGGAGUAUUCAGGAGUCCAUACAAAAUAUGCGCAAGUCAUUCUCCACUCUGGAGCCCGAUUGGGAAAUUAAGCUGGGCAUGGCCCAGGAGAAUAUAUCCCUGACCAAGACCAAUCUUCGACUGGCCAACGUUUCUCUAAGCUACCUGGAACACCAGGCAGCCAAGGAGCAGGAGGUGUUCGAGGUCUGGAACAACAGCAUGGCUCAGCAGCUUCAGCAGCUGAGGGAUCUGGUAGCCAAGGCCAGACAUGCAGCUGAAGGAAUCGAUGUCUCGCUGGAGUCCAAGGGCCCCAAGUGCAGUCGUAGUUACCUCCCAGCCUCCUAUGGCCUGAGCACCUCCAACAAUCUGCGGGUCAGCUUCGCUUUGGCGAACCAUCAAGGCAGCUCACCCCUUAUCCAGGUCCAGGGCAGUGAGGGACGUCACAUCACCCUGGAACUUUACAAGAGACGAGUCCGACUGGUUUGGAAUCUAGGUGGCACUACUGCCACCAUCACGCAUCCAAUGGUGGUGCAAACCCGCGACCCCAAGUAUGACGACGCCUGGUACCAUGUGGAGGCCAAUAGAACCCUUAACCUGGGCAGCCUGAUGGUGAGAAGGAUGAACAACUAUGGGGAGCUGACUCCCGCCAGUCCAGUCACAAUCACUGGUUCCACGGACACAGAACACACGCGCUUCUACCAAUCCCGUCAUGAUCGUAUUUCUCUUGGCGACUUCGCCUCCAAAGAUUUGCAACUAACUCCAGGAUUGAAUGUGGUUGUGCACAAGGUGGAGGUGGACAACAAGCCACUGGGACUGUGGAACUUUGCGACGAGCGAGGGCAACUGCGGAGGCUAUAUGAUUGGAGCUAGGGAGUCAUCGGCCUCAUCCACCGCCAGGCAUUUUAAUGGCCUAGGCUAUGCCCAGCUCAUGAAGACCCGUCCCAGACCCAUCCGAAGGAACCUGUUCUCCGUGCAGAUGACCUUCCGAACCCUGGACGAGAAUGCCUUGCUAUUUUUGGCGGUUGAUGACAAAAACAACCGCUCGGUUUCGGUUACGUUGAGCCGGGGUCGGAUCAUGUUCCGUAUCGACUAUGGCGACGAGUCCAAGCUAGAGAUCAACACCACCAAGAAAUACAAUGUGGGUCAGUGGAUCAAAAUCGAGGCUGCCCGCGAAUUCUCCGCCAAGCGAAGCACUGAGAAUGGAAUGCUGCGUGUAAACAACGAUCGUCCCAUUUCUGGAGCACCUACUUUGCCCAUAAACAUUCACAUGCUACCGGAUCUUUCCAAGGCAGUUUACUAUUUGGGUGGCGUGCCUCCAGGUUUCACUUCGGGCACCACCAAAGCCCCAGGGGCAGAUAAUCCCUUCCUGGGCUGCAUGAAGGAUGUCCAGGUGAACGGCGAGACAUAUGACCCGCUUGAAAGUACCAGUUUCUAUGGCGUGGAGCCCUCUUGCAAGGAUAUGUUUACCAAGGCUGGCUUCUCGGGCAAUGGUUAUUUGGAGCUACCAUCUCAGUCGCUUCGAAAGCGCUCGAACACGGCCUUGGUGUUUAGAACUCUUCAGCCGGACUGCCUGCUGCUCCUGGCGGCCUAUCCCCCCGAGGUUCAGGAGGACUACGACUCCAAGGACAUAAAGGGCAACUAUUCAAUGAGCCUGGUUGAUGGUCAACUCAACGUGUGGGUCAACUCCGGUCGCAGCUUUGUCAAGAUGUACUCAAACUUCAGCCAGCUCAACGACGGAGAGUUCCACGUGAUCAACCUGGUCAAGACGGGCCGCAAGUUGGAGCUGAUGGUGGACGACGAGUUGCAGGAAGUGCGCAGUCUGACCGGCAGCCCCACUGUGAUCAGCUUGCCCCAUGACUCCGGAGGACUCUACAUUGGAGGAGCACCGCCCCACGAGAGCUACACCCCACUGGCCCCGACCUUUGUAAAUCUAGAGGGGGCCAUCCGGGACGUGGUGUUCAACAAUCGAACUGUUAACUUCAACGAAGCGCUGACAUUCGCCAACGUUCAGAUCGGGCGCAACGGUCCCCUUAUGGGCAGCCUCAAGAGCGGGCUCUACGAUGUCCUGCUGAAGACGGAGCCCAUGAUCGGAAAGAGUUUCACAGCCUCCCCCGAAGGCUGCAAGCGGAUCGGCAGCUACUCCUACGAGCCAAAUGCCUUUAAGUUCGGCGACGACAUCUACAGCUACUCCCAACUGAAACUGCCGGAUCGCCACUUCUGGCAGCGCAACUUCCGUCUCAGCUUCGACUUCCGGUCAUUCUAUCCCAACGGAAUGAUCUUCCUCUCCCCUGGCAGCAAGGAGAAGCCUAAGCACUAUGUGGCCCUCCUCCUCAAGGAUGGCCAACUGGUCCUGGUGGUGCGCGGUCGUCGGCGGGACGAGCUCCAGCUGACCGCCAAGCUGAACGACGGCGAGUGGCACCGGGUCACCAUAGGCUGUGUUGACCGGAAGGUGACCAUGUCGGUGGAGAUCGGUCGCACCGAUCAGAAGACCUCCGCCCAAAUGAAACUGCCCAAGAAAAUCGGAGCCUCCCAACUGCUUUUGGUCGGUGGGCUGCCCCAGUCUCCCGUCAAGGUCUCGGCAGAACUGUACGCCCGGCUGGAGUCCUUCAAGGGCUGCCUCCGCCGUGUCAGCAUCAACAACCACACCCAGGACCUGGCCCGGCCCGGCAAACACUCCAACGUGGGUCAAUGUUUUCCAUCCGUGGAGCGGGGCAGCUAUUUUCCCGGCGAUGCUUACGCCAUAUACAAAAAAAACUUUAAUGUGGGAAAGUACCUCGACCUGGAAACGGAAUUUCGAACCUCGGAACUAUCGGGAAUUUUGCUGAGCGUCUCCGAGCCUAAUGGUUUCCCCGCCUUGUCCUUGGAGCUUUAUAAUGGCAAUAUUAUAUUCUCCUGUGACCUGGGCGAUGGAGUACCUUUGCGAGUGGAGUCGACGUUGCCCACAAAGUAUGCCCUUUGUGACAACAAGUGGCACAAUGUGUCGGCUCUGUACGAUGGCGAACAAAUCGUCCUGCGGAUCGACCAGCUCCCAGCCGUAAUAAGUGUGGAUAACCAAAGGACUUCCGGCAAAGUGCAAACCCGAUCGCCACUCUAUAUUGGCGGGCUGCCAGACGUUGCUCCAAGUGGAUCCUUAAUGGCCCGGGAAAACUUCAAGGGCUGCAUCCGCCAUGUGUCCGUACGGAACGAGAGACGGGAUUGGAUCGAUAUGGAGGAUCUGCGAAAUGUCCUACUUAGCGAAUGCCUCGUGUCCAGCGAUGAGACCUAAAUCGCAUCCUGGGGCGUUUCUGGUUCCUGUUGAAGCCACACCAAAACUUUUCCAAAUGUAUUGUGAUCAAUAACGAGUUUAGAGCCAGUUAUUUUUAGCCCUUCACUGCCAUAUAAGUUAGGUUUACUCUAGAGUUAGUUUUGGUUAUUUGUAAAUUUUAAUUACAAAUUUUAUUGCCAGUGACUGCAUUUCGAACUUCGCAAUCUGAUUUAUUUAUUUGCCUAAUUUAUGCCGCUUUUCAUUAGAAAUUCUUAACUUAUUUUAUGUUUUAAACAGAGGCUUGAGUUGUAUUUAAUUUGGCUUACGACUUAUUCAAAACAUUGUACAAUAAUUACGAAUCUCCUCUGGUACAGUGGAAAUGAAAAUUUACUUAAACUACAUAGUUAACAUUUGAUUCAUUUGUAAAUAUAAUCGAUCAUCU